GCGCCUUGGCGCCGCUGUGCGCUGGUGGCCGCGGCCGUGGGGGCUUCCGCCGGUCUUCGCCCGUCCCGCCGCCGCUCGCCCGUCCUUCCCCGCCGGGCUAUGAAGCCCUAGAGCCUCGCCGGCCGCAGCAGCCGUUCGCCGCCAGCAUGUUCGGCCGCUCCCGCAGCUGGGUGGGCGGCGGGCACGGGAAGGCCGCCCGCAGCAUCCACUCCUUGGACCACCUCAAGUACAUGUAUCAUGUUUUGACUAAAAAUACAACAGUAACAGAUCACAACCGCAACCUGCUGGUAGAGACGAUUCGUUCUAUAACAGAGAUCCUGAUAUGGGGAGAUCAGAAUGACAGCUCAGUAUUUGACUUUUUCUUGGAGAAGAAUAUGUUUGUUUUCUUCUUGAACAUCUUGCGUCAGAAGUCUGGUCGUUACGUGUGUGUACAGCUUCUGCAGACUCUGAACAUCCUUUUCGAGAACAUCAGUCACGAAACAUCACUGUACUACCUGCUCUCUAAUAACUAUGUAAAUUCUAUUAUUGUCCACAAAUUUGACUUUUCUGAUGAGGAGAUCAUGGCAUACUACAUAUCAUUUUUGAAAACUCUUUCCCUGAAACUCAACAAUCAUACUGUACAUUUUUUUUAUAAUGAGCACACUAAUGACUUCGCUUUGUACACUGAAGCUAUUAAAUUUUUUAACCACCCAGAAAGCAUGGUCAGGAUUGCUGUUAGGACUAUAACUUUAAAUGUCUACAAAGUGUCAUUGGACAACCAACCUAUGCUUCAUUACAUUAGAGAUAAAACUGCUGUCCCAUAUUUCUCCAACCUCGUUUGGUUUAUUGGAAGCCACGUGAUAGAACUGGAUAACUGUGUGCAGACUGAUGAAGAGCACAGAAAUAGAGGCAAACUGAGUGACCUGGUAGCAGAACAUCUUGAUCAUUUACAUUACCUUAAUGAUAUCCUCAUCAUUAAUUGUGAAUUUUUAAAUGAUGUGCUGACAGACCACCUACUUAAUAGGCUCUUUCUUCCUCUCUAUGUAUAUUCAUUAGUAAAUCAAGAUAAGGGUGGAGAGCGUCCAAAAAUAAGUCUCCAAGUUUCUCUCUAUCUUCUUUCUCAAGUUUUUCUAAUUAUACAUUACGCCCCUUUGGUGAACUCGUUGGCUGAGGUUAUACUUAAUGGUGACCUCUCAGUGUUUUCUUCUAAAGUUGAGCAAGAUAUACAGAAAAACUCAGCAAAGUCAAGUAUCAGAUGUUUCAUAAAACCAACAGAAACACUUGAGAGGUCUCUUGAAAUUAACAAACAGAAGGGGAAGAAGAGGGUUCAGAAAAGACCUAACUAUAAAAAUGUUGGUGAAGAAGAUGAAGAGGAGAGAGGAUCUGAAGAUAAUCAAGAUGAUCUUGAUAAAAGUAAAAGUACAGAAGCAAGUUCAAAGGGCACCAGAACAAGCACUGAAAAUGAAGAAAUAGAGAUGGUAAUCAUGGAGAGAUGUAAACUGUCAGAAUUGUCUAUCUCUACUGUGACAGAACAGAAUACAACAGAUGAAGAAAAGAGUGCAGCUGCCUCUGGGAGUGAGAUAACAAACUGGAACAGGCCUUUUCUUGAUAUGGUCUAUAAUGCACUGGACUGUGCUGAAGAUGAUUACUAUGCCCUCUUUGUGCUCUGUCUUCUAUAUGCAAUGUCACACAACAAAGGAAUUGACCCAGUCAAGCUGGAGAGAAUUCAACUUCCAGCUCAACAUGCUGAAGAAAGGAAUUCAUAUAAUCAUGUACUUGCAGAAGGACUUAUCAGGAUAAUGAAUUAUGCUGCGCAACCAGAUGGAAAAAUCCGUUUGGCAACUUUAGAACUUGGCUGCCUGUUGUUGAAGCAGCUUGUGUUUUCUAAGAAUGGCAGCAUCAUAAAAGAUGUUCACCUUGCUUGCCUUGAGGGUGCAAGGGAAGAAAGUGUUCAUCUCCUCCGUCGUUUCUAUAAGGGAGAAGAAAUUUUUCUGGAUAUGUUUGAAGAUGAGUACCGGAGUAUGACAAUUAAACCCAUGAAUGUAGAGUACUUGAUGAUGGAUGCCUCAAUCUUGUUGCCUCCAACGGGGACACCACUGACUGGUAUUGAUUUUGUGAAAAGAUUGCCUUGUGGAGAUGUGGAAAGAACACGAAGAGCAAUCAGAGUUUUCUUCAUGCUCCGUUCAUUAUCACUGCACUUGCGAAAUGAGCCAGAAACUCAGUUACCACUAACAAGGGAGGAAGAUCUGAUAAAAACAGAUGAUGUUCUUGACUUGAAUAACAGUGAUCUCAUUGCUUGUACAGUAAUAACAAAGGAUGGGGGUCAAGUUCAAAGAUUUCUGGCUGUGGAUAUUUACCAGAUGAGUUUGGUUGAGCCAGAUGUUGCCAGACUUGGAUGGGGAGUAGUUAAGUUUGCAGGCCUUUUGCAGGAUAUGCAGGUGACGGGAGUAGAGGAUGACAGUAGAGCUCUGAACAUAAUCAUUCACAAGCCUGCCUCAAGUCCUCAUUCCAAGCCCUUCCCUAUCCUUCAAGCUACAUUUAUCUUUUCUGAUCACAUUCGCUGCAUUAUUGCAAAACAACGUCUUGCAAAAGGCCGUAUCCAAGCUCGACGGAUGAAAAUGCAGAGAAUAGCAGCUCUCCUGGAUCUUCCUGUUCAGCCUUCAACUGAAGUUGUUAUGGGUUUUGGACACAGCUCUGCAGCUACAGCCCAACACCUUCCAUUUAGAUUUUAUGAUCAGUCACGACGUGGUAGCAGUGAUCCUACGGUGCAACGCUCUGUUUUUGCAUCUGUUGACAAAGUUCCAGGCUUUGCUGUAGCCCAGUGUAUAAAUCAGCACAAUCCAUCACCACUCUCAUCUCCAUCACCUUCCAGUGGCAGUGGGAGUACAGGACGCUGCGAUUCUGUGACUGCAAGCUCAACAUCUACUCCUGCUGCACAGAGCCCUUCAGGUCUGGCAGGAAAGGACGUCGGCGGGUGUUUAGUCUGUCGGAGGCUGACAGUCACGGUGGACACUGGGUUUAGGUCUUCAAGCAGCAGCUGCAACAGAAACUCGCGCAAUAUCAAUUCAGAUGACGCUUCAGCUCCAGAGCAGCCUCAGAUGACCAUUUCUGGUCAGACGAUGUUGACUGAUGAAACUCUUUCAGCUGUCUCAAAGUCUAGCAAGAAUGCUGUAAAAAACAGUGACAUAGAAACAACAAACCUGUCUCCUAGCCUGAUUCCUGCACAGCAGCCCACAAUAUCAUUAAUAACAGAUGACAAUACAGAUGCACUAAGCGUAGAGUCACUUACACUUGUGCCACCAGUUGAUCCACACAGCAUUCGAACAUUCAGCUACAUUCCUCAGUCCUCUUUGCAAUCUGAAGUUGAAGUUUGCAAGGUAAAAGAGGUAGAGGAAGAAUGUUCUGACUAACGCCAGCCUGCAGACUGUGCUGAACAGUGAAGCAAAUGCAACUAAAUUCUUAGUUGUUUUUUCUCUGGGAGUGCAGAUACUUCCUGAAGCCUGAGAGGCCAUCUGGUCUGCAAGAAGAGGCCCGGUGAUGAAAGAGAAUGUGGGCAGCUUUUAGAGUAAACAUCAGAUACUCAUCAUAUUUAAACUGGAGAAUAAAGGAAAAAAAAAAAAAAAACAAACAAACAAAAACAACAACAACAAAAAAAAAACACACCACAAAAACUUUUGAAUCUGGACUCUGUUUCCUACCAAUUUCUGUUAUACAAGAACAUGAAAGUAUUUCAGAGCACCAACUUUCUAUUCUAGAGUUCCAGCUGCAGGAACUAAGUUAACUGUAAAAGGUCUACAGUAUUAUAGCAAAGUGAAAAAAUUUUUGGAUCCCUGGCUUCAGGAUAUUGUAUCGUUACUUCUCUGAAACUGGAGAAAUACUACUGACCAGAAAAAAUUAUAUAUUGUAGUACAGAGAAAACAUUUCCAUUUGAGACAUGGUGUGGUUUUCAGUUUGGGUUUGUUGGGGUUUU